ACUUAUUGCAUUCAAAAUCAAAUUUCCCUUUUUCUUUUCUUUUCUUUUGAAAGGUCGAAACUCGAAAGUGUGUGGAACAGAGCGUGGACCAGAAGCUUGAAACCAGGGAAGAGAGGGAGAGGUAGAUAUGAGAUUCCGUACGGUUUUCAGAGCUCCUCAAAGCAAAAGCAGACCACCAUUGCUAUAUCAACCUCGAGCUUCCUGUUCGUUCUCAAAGAUUCAUUCUAGUGCCAAACGGCCCUCAUUUGGAAUCGCGUUCGAUAUCGACGGUGUUAUUCUUCGCGGCCGUGUACCAAUUGGAGGAUCUCCUCAAGCUUUGAGAAGAUUAUACGGAGAAGCUGGUACUUUGAAAGUUCCCUUUCUGUUCUUGACAAACGGAGGUGGCAUACCAGAAUCAAGACGAGCCAUUGAGCUUGGGGAACUUUUGGGAGUUCAAAUUUUACCUUCCCAGGUCGUACAAGGUCACACCCCUUUCAAAAAUUUGUUGAACAAAUACGAGAAUGAACUCAUUGUUGCUGCUGGGAAAGGAGAACCUGCUCUUGUGAUGUCGGAGUAUGGUUUCAAAAAAGUUCUCUCGCUAGAUGAGUAUGCAUCGUAUUUCAAGGACAUUGAUCCUGUAUCUCAGUACAAGAUCUGGACAAAAGAAUAUCAGAAUGACCAUUUGAUCGAAUCAGCACCAAGAUACAAUGUUUUAUAUGACAGGGUUAAGGCAGCAUUUGUUGUCAGUGAUCCUGUAGAUUGGGGCCGGGACAUUCAGGUGCUCUGUGAUAUUUUAACAUCGGGAGGGCUUCCUGGAGGAGAUAAUGGGCAUCAGCCUCCUUUAUAUUUUGCCGCAGAUGAUCUUGAAUAUCAGGCUGCAUUUCCUUCAGAGCGGCUUGGAAUGGGUGCUUUCAGAAUUGCCCUGGAAAGUGUGUUUAAUAAAAUUCGUCAUAAUACCUUGGAAUAUGUAUCUUUUGGGAAACCAAAUCCUUUUGUAUUCAAGAAUGCUGAAGCCAUGUUGAGACAGCUUCAGCCAUCUAAUCAUAAUGUUCAUCUCCUAUAUAAUGGAGACUCUGGAUCGCCACCCUUCAAAACCCUUUACAUGAUUGGCGAUAACCCUUUUGUUGAUGUCAAAGGUGCACAACAGGCAGGACAUCCUUGGUUUUCUAUCUUGACGAGGACAGGCGUUUUUAAGGGGAAAGAUAAUCAUUCUGAGUUUCCAGCUGAUCUGGUUGUUGAUAAAGUUGAAGAUGCGGUGGAUUACAUUUUGGAAAGGGAGUGUGCUUCUUCUUAGCCGCCCACCCCCCGGUUAAAAGUAUCUUUUUGUUUAAUUUUAAGGCACUUGCACUGCAGAAGAACCAAAGGGUAACAAACGUAAGCACAUUUUAUAAAUCAUUCAAUCCUUGACUCUUGUGCCGUGCUCUCUUACGAUCAAAAUUCACACGUUUCAUUUGAUUAACCAACUUACCGGUCAUUCAUCAUUUAUUCCUUCGUGUUUACAUGAAUAUUAAUUUUAAGGCACUUGCACUGCAGAAGAACCAAAGGGUAACAAACGUAAGCACAUUUUAUAAAUCAUUCAAUCCUUGACUCUUGUGCCGUGCUCUCUUACGAUCAAAAUUCACACGUUUCAUUUGAUUAACCAACUUACCGGUCAUUCAUCAUUUAUUCCUUCGUGUUUACAUGAAUAUUAAUUUGUCUCAACAAUGGACGAUUAGAAGCUAAACAAUGCUUUCAUUACACGUUUAUUUAUUGGAAAUUAAUUAAUCUGAACUUGUUUUCCCCUUGUGCAUUUUAGACACUAUUUGACUGCCGAAUUUCCAAAUAGACAACAUUUUCUGAAAUUGAAAUAAAGAUAUCGAAGUCAUACCAACAUAACAUAUAUCCAUACUCUCACUCUAACAAGUCCCUAACAACUAAAUAAUAAAUUAAAAAAAAGACGAUUUCUACCAAGCAAGGUCACGCGAAAGUAUUUGUGAACAAAAUCAUAGCUUAUAUACCAUCAAUGAAAUAAACUUUAAAAUUGAAUAUGAAAAAGUAUGUCGUUAUGAACAAAUACAAAAUGCGAAAGGAAAAUGCAGCAUAAUAAGAGUUCAUUUGGACGUUGAAUUGAGAUGACAUAAAAGCGCACAAAUUUGCCACAAAAUUCAAUUAAGACUGCUACUCAGAUCAUUCCAUUACAAUUAAUUCUACAGCUUUCUCCACUAUCAAAGUUCAUUUGUUCAGCAUGACCCAAAAAAUAAAUAUUUAUGGAACAAAAUAUGCUACAAUAAUCUCAAAAAAAAAAAAAAAAAAAAAUCAAA